CAACCGUCAAAAAGCUAUCUGUCGUGAAAACAUAUAAACAUUGCAGAGCGAAAGUUAUGAAGCGCAUAAUAUCGUCCCAGUUUUUAAAGUGAAAACGUGCUGUGGUUGUGAUACGAAAUAAGUUGUAUCAGGAAUGCUGAACGUAUUGUAUCGAAAAUAAAACUUGCAAUGGAGUCGGGUAACAGCAACGAGAAAACCAAGCUCAACAAUUUAGUGAAGAAUAUCGUCAAGACAUUGCUGUCCACCUCGAAAUAUUUUCACUGUCCGUUUUGUGCCGAUGAAUAUUUGUUUGAAUUUACCCUUCGGCAUCAUCUGUUCAAAAAUCAUGCAGAAGAUUUAUCUAAAAUCGUACAAUCGCCCGAUUCCAGCACAAGAUUCUGUGAUAGCAAUCUUUGCCCGUAUUGUGGGGCACUAUUCUAUUACAUCUCGGCUCUACCGAAGCACAUUAUGAGCAGUCACAACCGGGAAUGUUUGAUCAAGUGGCAAGCUAUCGAGAAGGAAAACAGUUUGCAGCGAAAAUUCGCUGGUGAGCCAAGCAUCAAAUGUGUGCCUUGUUCCCCGGGCUUGAGCGAUCUGUUCGAAGAACUCAACACCGGUUCCAGCAAGAAAAAGGGUAGAAAUCGCCGAAGAAAAGCAUCGCCUUUGUACAAAUCUGCUCUUAAGAACGCGAAUAGAAUGUCAGCCUCAAAAUAUUCCGAAUCAUGGGUGAGUUGCGAUUUCGAGUUUAGCUCUACAUCUCGGAGAUCCACCACUACAGCUCGACGGGAGCUCCAGUUCGACGUCCCUUCUGAGGAACUUGAUGUCGGAAGCAUUGCUUCCGGGAAGAAGUCAAAACAAUCACGCAAACGUUUCACUUUGAAAGGUAUUAAAUCAAAAAUGAGCUUCCGAAAGUAUGUGCUGUCCAAAUUUACCAAAAAGUAUCACUGUAAAAUCGUAACGAGUACACCGAACAAUUUUCUGGACAGUAGUUGCACCAGUGGGCCUGAUUCGAGGCUACAUAAUCAGGAGCGCUGGAACCGAAUUCAUUGUGAGUGAUGGUACUCACAUUUGUGUUUCGCUUGUGUUAUGAUGUUUAAUCGAUUUCCGAUUGAGUGUUUUUAUACAUUAACGUUAAGAAUAAUCUCCACUAAAAUCGUAUUUUUGUACGAUGUAAUAUAUUAUGAAGUAUUAUUAAUAUAUAGCAGAUGUCAACAAAAGUAUUUUGAAAACCAUGAUCUGAUACCACUUUGUUAUAACAUUAGUAACGAAUGCGUAUUCGCAUAGAAUUAACAUGAAAAGUUCAGAUUGAAUGUAAUAGCAAGACAUUUCGAGUGAUUCGUUAAUAAAGCGAGGACAGGAGAACAUUUUAAA